CGGAGCCCGAAUCCUUCCCCUCACCAAACGGGAUCUCAGUUGGACCACCCGCCGGUCACUCCGUCCCAGCCGGCAGUACGGGCGCUGGAAGAGUUUUGUGAGGGCGGUGCCAGGAGCGGAUUGGCUCUGGGAGUUUCCCCGAGGCCGGGAGGCUGUUAUAAGAGCCGGGAACCGAGCGGAGGGAGCGGGGAGACGUUAGUCGCACUCUAGUCAGGAUGUCCGCCCGCGGCCCAGCUAUCGGCAUCGACCUGGGGACCACCUACUCGUGCGUGGGGGUCUUCCAGCACGGCAAGGUGGAGAUCAUCGCCAACGACCAGGGCAACCGCACCACCCCCAGCUAUGUGGCCUUCACCGACACCGAGCGCCUCAUCGGCGACGCGGCCAAGAACCAAGUGGCCAUGAACCCCACGAACACCAUCUUCGACGCCAAGAGGCUGAUCGGGCGGAAGUUCGAGGACGCCACGGUGCAGUCUGACAUGAAGCACUGGCCGUUCCGAGUGGUGAGCGAGGGUGGGAAGCCCAAAGUGCAGGUGGAAUAUAAAGGGGAGAUGAAGACCUUCUUCCCGGAGGAGAUCUCCUCCAUGGUCCUCACGAAGAUGAAGGAAAUCGCCGAAGCCUACCUGGGCGGCAAGGUGCAGAGCGCGGUCAUCACAGUCCCUGCCUACUUCAACGACUCGCAGCGCCAGGCCACCAAGGACGCGGGCACCAUCACGGGCCUCAACGUGCUGCGCAUCAUCAACGAGCCCACGGCGGCGGCCAUAGCCUACGGCCUGGACAAGAAGGGCUGCGCGGGUGGCGAGAAGAACGUGCUCAUCUUCGACCUGGGUGGCGGCACCUUCGACGUGUCCGUCCUGACCAUCGAGGACGGCAUCUUCGAGGUGAAGUCGACGGCCGGCGACACCCACCUGGGUGGCGAAGACUUCGACAACCGCAUGGUCAGCCACCUGGCGGAGGAGUUCAAGCGCAAGCACAAGAAGGACAUUGGGCCCAACAAGCGUGCGGUGCGCCGCUUGCGCACGGCCUGCGAGCGCGCCAAGCGCACCCUGAGCUCGGCCACACAGGCCAGCAUCGAGAUCGACUCGCUCUACGAGGGCGUGGACUUCUACACGUCCAUCACCCGCGCCCGCUUCGAGGAGCUCAACGCCGACCUGUUCCGAGGGACCCUGGAGCCGGUGGAGAAGGCGCUGCGCGACGCCAAGCUGGACAAGGGCCAGAUCCAGGAGAUCGUGCUAGUGGGCGGCUCCACCCGCAUCCCCAAGAUCCAGAAGCUUCUGCAGGAUUUCUUCAACGGCAAGGAGCUGAACAAGAGCAUCAACCCCGAUGAGGCGGUGGCCUACGGCGCCGCAGUGCAAGCGGCCAUCCUCAUCGGUGACAAGUCAGAGAACGUUCAGGACCUGCUAUUACUCGACGUGACUCCCCUGUCGUUGGGCAUCGAGACGGCCGGCGGCGUCAUGACUUCACUCAUCAAGAGGAACACCACGAUCCCCACCAAGCAGACGCAGACCUUCACCACCUACUCAGACAACCAGAGCAGCGUGUUGGUGCAAGUGUACGAGGGUGAACGGGCCAUGACUAAGGACAAUAACCUACUGGGCAAGUUCGACCUGACCGGGAUUCCCCCGGCCCCCCGCGGGGUCCCCCAGAUCGAGGUCACCUUCGACAUCGAUGCCAACGGUAUCCUCAACGUCACCGCCGCAGACAAGAGCACCGGGAAGGAAAACAAAAUCACCAUCACCAACGACAAGGGGCGUCUGAGCAAGGACGACAUCGACCGGAUGGUGCAGGAGGCGGAGAGGUACAAGUCGGAAGACGAAGCGAACCGCGACCGCGUCGCAGCCAAGAACGCUGUGGAGUCCUACACCUACAACAUCAAGCAGACGAUGGAAGACGAGAAACUGAGGGGCAAGAUUAGCGAGCAGGACAAAAACAAGAUCCUCGACAAGUGUCAGGAGGUGAUCAACUGGCUCGACCGGAACCAGAUGGCGGAGAAAGAUGAGUACGAACACAAGCAGAAAGAGCUCGAAAGAGUGUGCAACCCCAUCAUCAGCAAACUUUACCAAGGCGGUCCUGGCGGCGGCGGUUCCGGAGCCUCCGGGGGACCCACCAUUGAGGAGGUGGACUAAGCUUGCGCUCGCUGGAGCCCGCAGAAACCUCUUUUCCUUUCUCUCUGUUUUUCCUUCUGUUUUGGUUUCUUCUUUGAAAUGUCCAUGUGCCAAGUAAGAUCUGUUGGAAGUGUAGCUUGGUGCAUACUAUGAAAGGAAAGGUGCAACAACUUAGUUUAGUUAUAAAAGGUUAGUUCUAAAGUUUGAUUUCGAGGGAAAGAUGAGGUUUCUCUUUACUGCAUUUUAAGUGAUUGCCGAUUGAGCACUUUUAUUAGGUUAAGCUUAGUUUGUCCACAGAGAUUUGCUCAAGAUGGGAAGCCUGUUUGCACACCUGUCCUCGGGAAGCUGAGUGACAAGAUACAUAGAGAAGCUUGUUUAUUUUUAUGUGCUACUUCAAGAUUAAACACUGCAGUAAUUUUAAAGAGGUAUAUUUCUGUAAACACAUAAGUGCAAAUUGAAAGUAAAGCUGAAAAUUGAUCUCAAAA